AAAAAUGGCGUAAAUUAAAAAAAAAAAUAAACUAAAAGAAAAAGAGUAAUAAUUAAAAAAAAUAAAAAAUGUGAUUAAUUUAAAUAGUAAUUAAAUAAUGGCAGUGUUACAUCGCGCAUUAUUUACAUGGUUCGAAUUAUUAAUUUUUUUAAUUCUACUAGUUCUAAGAUUAGACCAACGCAUAUUAUGGAAUUGGUUUAUUGUUUUUAUACCAAUGUGGGUAUAUGACUGUAUAUUAUUGAUAUAUAUUAUAUUUAAUAUGGUGUCCCAUUGUAAAAAUAAUCAUAAUACCACUAAUUGUUUAAGGCGGAAGGGCUGGCAUAUGAUUGCAGUAUUAUUAAAAUUAAGCGUACAGAUAUUAAUAUGUUUAAGAUUAGAAGCUCCUUAUUUAAAUUUACCAGCAAAAGCUGUCUUGUCACCAUUCUGGUUACUUUUACCUGCAUUGACGAUUGAUGUAUUUGUUCAUUUGAUCCAACACUCGAGAUACUGAGA